UUUUAAACCUUUCAGUGCUUUUUCGUAGAAAUACUGGGACGCACGCUGGUCUACUGGUUUGCAACCGUUUAUUUUGUGUUUUAGUUGUUAGUUGGUUAUUUCAUUGUUAUUUCGCUGUUAGUUAUUUUGGUUUUUGUUGUUUUCUUACGAUCAGCUGCUUCAAUUGUCAGUUCUUCUCACUGCAGCCGCCAGCCACCAGCCACCAUGGCUAGCAGCAGCUCUUCUGAGCCUCUGAGAGUAAAAGCAGAGCUAUGGAAUGGGGUGAAGACAAUGGUCAACACCCCAUAUCCUUUCCUUACUGAGAGAAGUAACUUUGGCUGAGAAGAUCAGCUGGGGUUGAUUUUUGUUAUUUAUUUAUUUAUUUGUUUGUUUGUUUGUUUCUCAUUCACAAACUUUCUCAAUUCACAACUGGAAGCUUUAGAAUUCCAUGCUUCCAGGAAACUGGUACUGGACGAGCGUGAAACUUUUCAUCUUUUAGAUUAGAACUGAGGAAGCUUCUUAAAUGAGACAGGACAUGUCUUUGUGACAGAAGUGAAUGUUUAGCUACCUCUGGUGGGUUGUAAUCUGUUUAAUCUGUGCCUGUAAUCUGUAUUUGGAUUAUCUGAACAUGUUUUGGCCUUAACCUUUUCCACGUUUUGGGACCUGCUCAAGGUGCUUGUAAUCCUUACCAGCAUUGUGAGCGUGAGCAUGUACAGCCCCAUCGGUGAGGAGCCCCAGCACCUGAGGUUCAUCAACCUCGGCUGCAUCUGCUUCUUCAUUUUUGACAUGUUCCUGAAGAUGGCGUCGCUGGGCAUCUGCAGGGAGCGGGGUCACCUUCGUAGCAUCUGGAACCGGGUGGAGUUAUUUGUCCUGAUUUUUGAGAUCGUGGACUGCCUCCUUUUCUGGUCCCAGAUGCACUUGAGGAUCAGCUACCCACUGAAGGUGGUCAGACUGAUUAUCAGAGUGAGGGAACUGCGAAGGUGGAUCAAGACUGUGGUGAAAAUCAUACCCAUUAUAGCAGAGUACAUUCUCAUGUACCUGUCUAUGGUGUACAUCUUCGGCACCAUGGGGGUCCAGCUGUGGGCCGGCGACCUCCACCAUCGGUGCUACACGAGCGGCCUGGACCUUGCGUUGAAGCUGAACAUGAGCGAGUACUAUCAGUCCUCUCCUGAUGAGUUCUCUGAGUUCCUCUGCUCGCCGAACCCCGACGGGAUACGCCAGUGCAAGGACAUUCCUCCGCUGCGCCAGAAUGGACAGACCUGCAUGUUGGCCCCGCCCAGUGCAAACUGGUCAUCUGCACUACUGGCCAACAGCAGCGCCCUGACCAAUUCAACAGCCUGCAUCAACUGGAAUGUCCUGUACAACGCGUGUCUUCCGCUGGGCCCAAAUCCGGGGUUUGGGGGCAUCAGCUUCGACAACAUUGGAUAUGGGAUGCUCACCGUGUACCAGGUGGGAAUCAGCCUAAAUCUGCCCACAGGUUCAAGGUUUCUGACCCCUGUUUGAUUAUUUGUUGCAUUUGUGAAUUCUAAUGCU